CGGCCGCGUGUGAACUUCAGUUUUUCUUGAAAAAUCGAACGUGAGUGAUCAACGCAUAUCGUUUGUGAGUUCGUGCAAGUGCCCCAAGUCCCGUUUGUGACUUUAACGUGGCUGUGAAUUAUUAUUCCUGAUCUUUUCAUCGUUUUAAUUUAUUAGAAUACAUAGAUAUAUGGUGAAAAUGCGGUGGAGUUUGUGUGCAAUGGUGCUGGUGGUCGCGGCGGUGUGCGCCGAUGACAAGAAGGAGAAAGACAAAGACAUCGGCACAGUGAUCGGUAUCGACUUGGGUACCACCUACUCAUGUGUUGGUGUGUACAAGAAUGGACGAGUGGAAAUCAUUGCCAACGACCAGGGUAACCGUAUCACCCCCUCAUACGUGGCUUUCACUGCCGACGGCGAGCGUCUCAUCGGUGACGCCGCCAAGAACCAGCUGACCACCAACCCCGAGAACACUGUCUUCGAUGCCAAACGUCUUAUCGGUCGUGAGUGGGGCGACACCACCGUCCAGCACGACAUCAAGUUCUUCCCCUUCAAGGUCAUUGAGAAGCAGAGCAAACCCCAUGUCUCCGUUCAGACCGCUCAAGGAAACAAAAUCUUUGCCCCUGAGGAAAUCUCCGCUAUGGUCCUCACCAAGAUGAAGGAAACCGCUGAGGCUUACCUCGGAAAGAAGGUUACCCACGCUGUCGUUACCGUCCCCGCCUACUUCAACGAUGCUCAGCGUCAGGCCACCAAGGACGCCGGUAUCAUCGCUGGUCUCAACGUUAUGAGGAUUAUCAACGAACCCACUGCCGCCGCCAUCGCUUACGGUCUUGACAAGAAAGAGGGAGAAAAGAAUGUCCUUGUCUUUGACUUGGGUGGUGGUACCUUCGACGUGUCUCUGCUCACCAUCGACAACGGUGUGUUCGAAGUAGUCGCGACCAACGGUGACACUCACUUGGGUGGUGAGGACUUCGACCAGAGGGUCAUGGAGCACUUCAUCAAACUGUACAAGAAGAAGAAGGGCAAGGACAUCAGAAAGGACAACCGCGCCGUCCAGAAACUGCGUCGUGAAGUUGAGAAGGCCAAGAGAGCUCUGUCUUCCAGUCACCAGGUCAAGAUCGAAAUCGAGUCCUUCUUCGAAGGUGAAGACUUCUCUGAGACUCUGACCAGGGCGAAGUUCGAGGAAUUGAACAUGGACCUCUUCAGAUCUACCCUCAAACCCGUACAGAAGGUGUUGGAAGACGCCGACAUGAACAAGAAGGAUGUUGACGAGAUCGUGCUGGUCGGUGGUUCCACUCGUAUCCCCAAGGUUCAACAACUGGUCAAGGAAUUCUUCAACGGUAAGGAGCCAUCCCGAGGUAUCAACCCCGACGAGGCUGUCGCUUACGGUGCUGCCGUCCAGGCUGGUGUACUCAGUGGAGAACAAGACACUGACGCUAUCGUGCUGCUCGACGUCAACCCUCUGACCAUGGGUAUCGAGACUGUUGGAGGAGUAAUGACCAAGCUGAUCCCCCGUAACACUGUCAUCCCCACCAAGAAGUCCCAGAUCUUCUCCACCGCCAGCGACAACCAGCACACCGUCACAAUCCAGGUGUAUGAGGGUGAGCGUCCCAUGACCAAGGACAACCAUCUCCUCGGAAAAUUCGACUUGACCGGAAUCCCGCCAGCGCCUCGUGGUAUCCCGCAAAUUGAGGUCACAUUCGAGAUUGACGCCAACGGUAUUCUGCAAGUGUCUGCCGAGGACAAGGGAACAGGAAACAGGGAGAAGAUCGUCAUCACAAAUGACCAGAACAGACUGACGCCAGAGGAUAUCGAGAGGAUGAUCAAGGACGCCGAGAAGUUCGCUGACGACGACAAGAAGUUGAAGGAGCGCGUCGAGUCAAGGAACGAGCUCGAGAGUUACGCGUACUCUAUCAAGAACCAGCUCCAAGACAAGGAGAAACUCGGCGCUAAGGUCAGUGAUGACGAAAAGGCAAAGAUGGAGGAAGCCAUCGAUGCGGCCAUCAAAUGGUUGGAAGACAACCAGGACGCCGACUCAGAAGAAUACAAGAAACAAAAGAAGGCGGUGGAGGAUGUCGUCCAGCCCAUCAUUGCCAAGCUGUACCAAGGCCAGGGUGGUGUGCCGCCCGGCGCCGGCGAGGAUGAAGACUUCAAGGACGAGUUGUAACAGACCGAACUCUAAGUGAUCGCAGCAAAUGAUCUCCAGCUUGCUGCUCGGUCACGGCCCACGCACGGAUACGAUGUGUUUUAGCUCGUGUUGUGUAUUUAUUGUGUGCGAGUAGAGUGUGUUCGAGUGAGUGAACGGACCUGAGCGGCUGUGUUCUGUAUAAAUUGAUGCAUUUUUAUUUUUAGUGAAAGCAAUAGUCUGCGAGACGCGUGGGAUCCAUGACAGUCGCAGAUGCCUAUCUCGCUGGUGUGAAGUUAGUCUCGCCAACUCGGAGACUACCUCAGUGUUCUUUAAUGUAUGUAAUUAUUUUGAGACUGCAGAAUGUUAGUUCAUAAUUAGCAGAUUAAAUUAAAUAAUUAUGUAGUAAUUUAAAUGAAUUUCAAUCGAAGUACGGAGGGAGUACAUAAUAAUAAAAACAUUUUUCUAAGGAA